CACAGGUCUUUGCCACGUAGGGAAAAUAUAGAGGCGACACCGAUGAGCAUUCUGAUUUUAGAGAGAGAAAGAGUAAGAGUUUUCAGAUUUUAGAGAGAGAGCGUGGGUACGUAGAGGAAGAGAUCCAUCUUUGAGCACUGCCUCUUCUCCAUUCCAGAGAGAGAGAGAGAGAUUUGCUUUAAACCAGUGCGAUGAACUUCGCAUGAAGAACAUAAGAGUAAGAGAGAAGAAUUUCGCACUAAUAACGUGGUUUACGCUUCAUCCUGCACAUAGAUUUGGUUUCUCACCUGCUUUCUUUCAUCUGAAAGGAGUUGCAGAACUUAUAUUGCAAUCGAAGAGAGAGAGAAAGUAGAAAAUCAGCGAUGGCUUUUUCAACCGCCCACCCUCUCUCGUCCUCCUCUUCCUCAGAAGACGACGAUGACUCAAAUUAUAAUGGAAUCCGUAAACCCAAGCUUAAAGCUUCAACCAUGGAAGACGACCCAAUCUUUAGGCCCUAUCUCCAGAUCCAUGGCACCUCGCCUUCGCAUUCUCUCUCUAAAAUCCAAGCAUUCCUCCUUGCCUCAAGAAGUGGAGCUCUCGCUUGCCUCAUCUGUCUAGAAAAGGUUCGCCAUUCUCACCCCAUUUGGGCCUGCAAGCUUGGUUGCUACGCCAUUUUUCACCUCCCUUGCAUUCAAAACUGGGCUCGGCAAUCUUCAAAUUUAGUUGUGGAGAGGGCCAUGGUUAGGCUUUCAAGGGACCAUUUCCCUGAAGCUGCGGCUUUUGCCCUAGAAAACGCCAAUUGGCAUUGUCCCAAAUGCAGAAUAGAGUACCCCAAAAUCCUAAUUCCCCAUACCUAUGUUUGCUAUUGUGGAAAACUUGAGAACCCAACUCCAGAUCCAUGGAUAGUGUCCCACUCUUGUGGUGAGUUCUGUAACCUUCCAUUAAAGGGAAACUGUGGCCAUGAAUGCUUGCUUCUUUGUCAUCCUGGUCCUUGCCCUCCGUGCCCUAGACUCAUAGAAUCCCCAUGUUUUUGUGGGUCAAAUCUCGAAGUUCGAAGAUGUAGCGCAAAAGAUUUCUCGUGUAACAAGCCUUGCUCAAAGCUUUUGGCUUGUGGUCUUCACCAAUGUCAAGAGAAUUGCCAUAAUGGGUCAUGCACUCCUUGCCAAAAGAAGGGAAUUCAUCAAUGCAUGUGUGGUAAAGUAAAAGAAGAGAGAGCUUGCUCUGAUAAAAUUUUUAGGUGUGAGAAUCCUUGUGGUCGAGAGCUUGAUUGCAAGAAACAUGUGUGCUCUAAGGGUUGUCACUCUGGUUCUUGUGGGGUUUGUGAGCUUCAAGGAAAAAUGACUUGUCCUUGUGGAAACAAAGAGUACAAGGGGAUUGCCUGUGAUGCUCUGGUUCCCAGUUGUGGUGCAACUUGCGAAAGGAUGUUGAAUUGUGGGUUUCAUCGGUGCCCAGAGCGAUGCCACCAUGGCCCUUGCGUUGACACUUGCAGGAUUGUCAUGACGAAGUCUUGUCGAUGUGGGAGUUUGAGGAAACAGGUUCCAUGCUAUCAAAGUGUGGUUUGUGAGAGAAAAUGUCAAAUUGAACGAGAUUGUGGGCGGCAUGCCUGUAAACGGCGGUGUUGUGAUGGGGACUGUCCACCCUGCUCAGAGAUAUGUGACAGGAAGCUUCGAUGUAGAAACCAUAAAUGCCCCUCACGCUGCCACAGAGGUGCUUGUGCUCCCUGCCCUUUGAUGGUGUCCAUUUCAUGUUUUUGUGGGUACACACACUUUGAGGUUCCAUGUGGUACAGAAAGUGAACAAAAGCCACCUAAGUGUCCCAAAUCUUGUCAUAUUACCCCUCUAUGCAGGCAUGCAUCAAAGUGCAAGCCACAUAAAUGUCACUAUGGUGCUUGCCCCCGGUGCCGGCUGAUAUGUGAGGAACAGCUUCCUUGUGGUCAUAAUUGUCAACAAAGAUGCCAUGGUCCUGUUCCUGCUCCAAAUCCAGAGUUCACUUUAAAGCCAAAGAAAAAGAAAUCAAUCCAACAAAGCUGUGAAACUCCUGGAUCUCCAUGCUCUCCCUGUCAAGAAAUUGUACUGAGACAAUGCCUUGGCCAGCACAUUGGAACUGAACAAAUGAUGGUCUGCUCCAAUAGAACUCCAUUUUCCUGUUCAAAUUUAUGUGGGAACCUUCUUCAAUGUCGCAAUCAUUACUGUCAGAAGUCGUGCCAUGCCAUUAUAGACAGGUCCUUGAUUUUGGAUGGAUAUGCCAUAAGCAAUGUCACUCCAGAGUCUUGUGAAGAAUGUACUUUACCUUGCCAAAAGGAAAGAUCGCCAGCCUGCCCACAUCCUUGCCCGUUACCAUGUCAUGUUAAAAAUUGUCCACCUUGUAAAGUUCUUAUUAAAAGAUCUUGCCACUGUGGUACAAUGGUUCAUGUUUUUGAAUGUGCCCUCUACAACAGCAUGUUUGAGGAGGAGCAGCAACAAGCUCGUUCCUGCGGAGGACCAUGCCACAGAAAGUUGCCAAACUGCACACAUCUUUGCCCAGAGACAUGCCAUCCUGGUAAAUGUCCGUCACCAGAGAAGUGUAGUAAGAAGGUCACUGUUCGCUGUGUAUGCCUGCAUCUGAAAAAGCAAUGGCUUUGUCACGACGUGCAAGCUGCCUGUUGCAAUUCCAAACAUGAUAUGAGAGAAAUCUCUAGGAGCCAGUUUGGAAUUGGACUUCUCCCCUGCACCUCAGAGUGUGAUAUUGCGUGUAAAAAGAAGACUACAAAUCCAGAGGUGCAUCAACGUAAAAUAACCAUGAUGGAGGACAAAGCAAAACCUGCACUUUUGCCAAAAGGAAGGAAGAGGCGUGAACACAAACAGGAAAUUAAAAGGAGUUCAAAGCUCGAGGUUUGUGUUCUCUAUUUCAAUCUAUGUUGGAGAAAAUUGUGCUUCUUGGAUGGUCCAAAUUUUUAUAUUUAUGUUAAGAUAGAAGCAAGUUUUUCAGGUGAUUACGUUGACAGCUCAGAAGUGGCUUUUAAUUGCUACCAUGGUUGUAUUGCUGCUUGUUUUUGCAUACUUUGGAUAUCAUGGUCUAUUCUGGCUGUCCGAUUGGAUGAAUGAGGUAGAAGCAAGACGUCUCAAGAACAGAUAUCCAAGGAUUUGAUUACCACAGCAAUUUUUGGUGAAUACAAUUAUCAUAGUUUCCUAGUCUUAUCUGGCUCUCCAAUUUGACGAGUAAAGGAUUGAAGAAAGAUGACUAAAGAACAGAUACUCAGGGAUUUGUCAUCUCAAAAGUAUUUUUGGUUGAAAUAUAAUUUAAUUACAUCUUUGCCAGUGUAAUGCGUGUGUAAUAACAGCAAAACACAUGUAGUGGUUUCUUCACAUAACGUGUAUUCAUUCAUGUUUCAUAAUGAAAGCAACUGCUUGAGGCU